AUGGAAGAAGACGUUAAUUCAGUAAAAGAAAAUAAUUAUCAAAACUGUAGAAAAAAAGAAAAACCUGGUAUAAGAAAUCUUUUUAGUAACGCUUGGCGUAGAAUAAAGAUAUUAAGUGGUGGAAACAAUCUAGGAGAAUCUGAUACUGAUGAAAAUCAUCUACACAAUUCGGAAUACGAGGAAGAGCAAACACCGAGAUACAGGCCAGAUUCUUUGGCAAGCCUUUGCCGAGCGACCAGAUUCACGGAGGCCGAGCUGAAGAGAAUAUAUCGUGGCUUCAAGGCUGAAUGUCCUACGGGAGUCGUCAGAGAAGAUACUUUCAAGUGCAUCUAUUCGCAGUUUUUUCCUCAAGGAGCCAAUACAAGCCAGUAUGCACAUUACGUUUUUAAUACUUUGGACCAGGAUCACAGCGGGCUUCUCAGCUUUGAGGAUUUUGUUACAGGUUUGAGUAUAUUGUCCCGUGGUUCGAUAGAUGAAAAACUUCGUUGGACAUUUUCACUUUACGAUAUCAACGGGGAUGGCUGCAUUACAAGGGAGGAAAUGACAGAUAUUGUAACUGCCGUGUAUGAGCUGAUGGGAAAGUUUUCUGAUCCUAAUUUGGAUCAUGAAGGUGUACGCCAAAAAGUGGACCGUAUGUUUCAGAAAAUGGAUGGCAAUAGGGACGGUGUAGUGACGUUAUCCGAGUUCUUAGAGGCUUGUCGAGCAGAUCCGGACAUCUCGACCAGUAUGGCAGCUCUGGACACUGCCUUCUGACACUCACAGCGUCCGCGAUACACACCAUGGACCUGAAGGGAUCACUCGAUUAAGAAAUAAAUCGCUCAAUGUUGUACCUUAACUCCCUGGACCAGAGGAAAGAGAUUUCUCAAGGUGUGUCCCGUCGUCUUGAAACGACUGAUAUGCAAUUUCUCAAAAUCGAUUGUUUCGAGAGACGACAUUGCGUCACUUUGCGCAUACUAGUUCAAAAAUGUACUCAGUAAAAUCUCUAGAUAUGCAAGAAGAAAGAGUUGUUAUUGAGAAAAAUAGGGAAAGAAGAGCAUAAAUAAAUGGAGUAUUAAAGCUUGAAUUUUAUGACUUGAAUAUAACAAAUAUAAUUGUUUUGUGAUAGGAGUAAAAACUAAGCGAAUAUUUGAUCGGCGUGCUGUUUGACAGGUAGAAUGUUUGUACGAUUAAAUAUCAGAGUCCGCAAAUAUAUAAGAAAAUAAAUAAAAUAGAGAUUGAAGUGUCGAAGUAAUGAGCAAAUUGUAACGAUAUUAAAAUAACUAUGGUAUUUUGCUUGAAACUUGUUUAGAAAAUGAUGAAAUUGUAUACAAAUAGCACGAUAACUUUUACAAAAAGAAUGUAUGUAAUGAGCCUUCCCAAUAGCUCUCAAGUGUCGGCAAAGUGGUGUGUAACAAUUUCAUAAAGCUUUAGUCAGUAUAAGGGAUUAGCGAAUAAAUGAGAAAAGCGGUUCUUUGUAUUGUGUGAACAUUGCAUCGUAAAUCGUAAACGCGCAAAAUGUCAGAAUUUAUUUUAAAGAUUUAUGCACACCGUUACUCGCACUUUUAUCUUUCCGAUAUUUAUUUUUAUUACGGAAAGUUUUAAUUCAGAUUGCUAUCAUUGAUCUUUAUGUACAUUACU